GAUUCCGGAUCACGCUGCCUGUAAAAUGCCUGCUGACUCUGGUGGCCAUCAAAGUGCUGUUAUUUUGACACAGGAUAAGGGAGUUAACACGGAUAGAAAUUUCAAAGAAGAGGUUAAAAGAAAAAUACGUUUACUAAGAGAUACAUCUGUGAAGUUCACACUAUUUUGCCAGGAAAGGGAAAGCGUGAUCUCUACAUUAUUUUCAAAACUGAAGGAAACAGGCAGAGGACACAAGGAAGAAGAUGUCAAUAUUCUUAAAGAACAUGUUAGAGAGUAUGCAUUUCGCUGCACAUUUGAAAGUGGGAAGCUAUUUGUACUUAAAGAAGCAGUUUUAAAUAUCACUGAAGAAUACACUUACCAAGGGAAAGUAGCUCCAAAGUUUGUAAAAGUACUGAAGGAAGAGUUACAAAAGCUGAUGCAAAUGAUAGAAAACAAAAGCGAACGGCAUGAAUCCUAUUCACAAACACUUAAAGACCACGACCGCAAAACUUCCAACAGAUUUUACGUUGAUAUGCUCGAAGAAGACAUAUCUGUAAUGAGAACUGAAGCCAAAGAGUUCCAUGAAUAUUGCGAUGAAAAAUACUCGAAAAUAAAAUCCCAUUUACAAGCGGUUUUGAAACCAGAACAGCAAGGCGGAUUCACAGACGAAUGCCUAAAGGAACACGCAACAGCGAUGAAAAUGCUAACACAUGCGUCGAAGUCCUAUUUUCGUAAAAUCUGUAGCGUUAAGGAAACGAUUCGAAUUUUAGAGAAACAUUGUCACAGAGCAAAAAGAAACACUACAGAAUGUUCCGAGGUUGUAAUGACAUUUGAAACAGAGCUUGGUUUGUUAAAAGAAAUGCACAGGAAAAGGUUUGAAGAAUUCGAAAACAAUGAUAAGGAAAUAACACAGAAAGAACUCAGCAGGCAGAAAAGUUUCAUUGACGAAAUUGAUCGACUAAAAAAACAACUUCGUUCAAGCUGCGAACAACAGACUAAGGUACGGAAACAGCUUAAAGAGACAGAAGCUAUUGUAGAUGAUUUCGCAAAACAAUUGGACGACAAUAAAUCGUAUGGGCACUCUGCAUUCUCAAGCCGCAUCUGAGGGUUCACUGACGUAAUGUAUUCAUACGCUGCAUUUUGAUUGGAUUGCCGUUAGCGAAUUUGAAUAAUCAAAGUAGUACCAGAACUGAUUACAAUGAAAACAUCCAAUAAAAAUAGUUAUCCUAACAAUUCAAGCUUACUGUAUGUUCUUUUAAUGAAGCACAAGAGAUGCAUAAGUAGCGAGUGUUUAAUCGGGUUAACUACAUGAAUGUUCUUGCGGUCAGAUUAUAUGCAAUAAGAAUAUGAACAUAUUGGAAAAGUACGCAUCGAAAUUUUUCCGUUCAAUGCUCUGUAUUGAUAGACUGGUACCCUCUUUCUCUUUUAUCCGAAAAGAAAUCAGUAUCAGCUAACCGCGGUGCCCGUCGCGCAUUCGAAAUGUCUUGUGAAUUCAUACGUAUUAAAAGCGAAUAAAGCGUGUGGUCUAAGUAGAAAACAACCAGGAAAGUUGGUUUAAAAAAGUAUUGUUAUCCUUUGUAUACAAUGUUGGUAUUUCGAAGUCGGUCCCUGAUCUUUUUUUCGACUUAAUUUGCAUGUUUCCGUGAUAUUUUCUUUUCGAUACAAAGUUUUUUUAACUAAUCAUCGCAUGGCACUUUUUAUAAAUACAACAUGAUUUUUGGUAUUUAUUGUUCAUAUACUAUUAAUGUUAACUAAACACCAUAUGCCGCGUACCUGUAUAACUUUAUAUUUUUGAGAAAAAGUAAAUCAGGGUACCAGUCUAUUUAUUGACCUCAAAAUUUACUCUGAUCAGAGCGGCCGAAUGAUUCAGACAUGUAUGUUAUCACUACUUCCGGAUGCUGAUGAUGUGAAUUUCAUAGUGUUUUAUUGAGGAAAUUUAUCAAUAAAUCCGCCAAUGAAUGAUUACCACCAUCAAACCGAUUUAUUUUCAUCUUACCGUGGGUAGCAUUUUUAAUUUGACACUUUAAUUUUCGAGCAAUACAAGUUCGUUUGAUAAAAUCAUGUGAUUUCAAUUUUGCAAAAUGGAGAUAAAAAAUAUCAAAUAUGCGCAUACUUAUUUAUGAAGUUUCAUUUUAAAUGAAGCCAAAUGUAUGAAUAUGUGCACAGCAUCUGUGAAUAAGAUGAUUGUUUACCUAUGUGCAUAGAAAAAUCUUGGAGCCACUCUCAGUGUAAGUACAUGACAUUGUGAUAAACCAUCGCCAUUGAUAAAACAAUUUUGCAUGCUCAAUUUUGAUUUCCUCUCUUAUAUAAUGCACCAGCCAAUUGUUACCACGGCCACCUCGGGGAUAUACCAGGGAAAAGGGCUGUGUUUUUACCUUUCAGGUGUCCUCGUAGCUAAAGAACUUCAGCGAACUCAUUAUAUAUUACCUUUUUGGACGUGUUGUACAUAUUAAAAAAUAAAUAUCAACAUUACAGUUAUGGAAACCAGAACUAGUGUCCUCGCAAUGCCGGGUGAUUGCGGUGGUUUUGUCUUCCCUCAAAAUAUAUCAGGAAAUUGCUCUUACCUUAGAUCCCCGGGGUGUGGGGUUAUUAACGGGAUUUUACCACCAGUUCGUUCUCGCAGGGCAGGGAUUUUACCGGGGAUUGGCUGGAUGAAAAUCCGGGGGGUGAGGGGCGUGGUUACAAUUGACUGGUGCAUACUUUACAAGUUCUUUUUCUGAAGACGCUUUGUGCUCACUUUUUGUUUUCUAGCCAAGAAUGAAAAUCAAAAAUCAGUCAGAGGUAUAGUAUGGUGAUGCAUUGUUGUUGAUAGAUCAAUAUAAAUUUGUGAAAUAUUUGAGGGAAAGGUAUUUGAUUAAAUAAUUUACAAGUGUAACUUUUGAGUUUUAUUUAACAAUACAGUGCCGAAUAUUUUGGAGAUAGAAUUGAAUUUGUAUUAAUUAAUCAGUUGACUUGUGGCGUUUAGGCCCUAAGGGACAAAAUCAAAAUAUUCAAUAAAGAUCCCUUAUCACCCAAUGUUGUGGAAUAGUAAAGUAAUGAAGAUUUAAUCUCACAACAGUCUUUCUCAAAUGCUGUCAAGGCUUUUUUAUGCUUAAGAAUAUCUAACCUCGCAAUGUCAGACCAGAAAUCAUCUUGGCAUGAGAUUGGAUCACUAUGUAUCAUUAUGCACCAGUCAAUUGUAACCACGGCUCCCACAUCCGGGGGUAUACCGGGGAUAGCCGGCGAAAUGGGUUUUUACCUUUCAGGUGGCCCCGCAGUGCCAGGUCUUCCCGGAAAAUACAGUGUGGAUGGGGCUUAAUCUAAUGUCCCUUGGGUGCGGGGCAUUUGGUGGGGACUUUACCAUCAGAUUAUCUCCGCAGGUCGGGGAUUUUAGCUGAUGUGACCGAAAGUAAAAGUCCCCGCUAUUCCGGGACCGGGGGGCGGGGGGCAUGGUUACAAUUGACUGAUGCAUUAGCUUGUGUAUUCAGAUAAAGUUAAGAAUAUAUAUUUAUUUAUAGAAGUUAUACUCUGUAAUCUAAAUCAAAGAUUUGAAAAAGAUUUACAAAUGAUUUAUUAAUAGCAGUUAUUUCGUGUUUUUCCAUUAAAAAAGAUUACUAGGUAUUGUCGUUCCAAGACAAACAAUAAAAAAGUUGUCAAAAUGAGAGUGCAGCUUUAAACUCAUAAUAAAAUGUCAAUGCACUUCAUUUGACAUAAUUUUAAACAGAUGAAAAAAUAUCAUUUUUAAAAAGCACAAUAUAUCCUUUAUGUGACCUUACAUUAUAAUGAAUUUAUUCAGAUAAGUGACUUUUCUUGCACUUAAAUGUGAACAAGAAAGCUUGGGAUUGAACACUUAAUGAAACAAGAAUGAAAUUAAAUGAAUCACAAAAUAUCAUCAAAAUUAUACACACAAAUGUUCUUUGAUAUACCAAAAAAUGAAACUUCUUAGACUUUCAAAUAUUUAACAUUUACUAAAUACAGUUAUAUAAAAAUGAUGAAUACAUUUGUAGGAUUUGAUAUCCUACUAGAUGUAACUCGGCUUCGUUCAUUUUUCUAAACUUUCUCUCAGUGAUGAGGAAUAUUUUUUUUUCACUGCAGUUGUUUUCUAAGUUUAUGAAAAUAAGAACAAUUGAAACAAAUCAGUAACUACUGUUGAUCAGUGCAGAUUGUGGGAGGUCAUGGUUGAUUUCAAUGAACCACCAAUAAGCUCUGCCAAAAUUGGAUUCUGAUUGGCCAGUCAGGUGCUUUUGGUAGGCAUGAUUAGCAUGAAUGUUAAUUUUAACCAUCACUUAUGAACGUUUACACAAUCAUUGAAUAUUGAAAUAACAAGCGAAAUGUUAGUUUGAAUGAUGAAAGCCAUGAAAUAUGUGAAGUAUUCAAAAAGAGACCAUUUUUUCAGCUUGUGUAAAAAAUGAGAAAAUUGUUAAGUAAAAUUAUUUAUUGUUUAUCAGGAAAAUGUUGAAAUCUCAUGUUUAGGCCUAUAGUGAUCAUACUUGAUUGCUAUGUUAUUGGCACUUAUUGCAAUAUAUUUAUUCAUUGCAAUAUUUAUGUAAAACAUUAAUUAUUAUGUUGACUUAAGUUUGUAGAUAAAAACUAAUGGUAUAGGUGAUGUGAGAAUGAUCUCAUAUAUUUUUUAAAAACCCUUUUGGUAUUGUGAGUUUUUUGCUCAAGUCUUGUUCAGUUUAGCUUUUGAAGAUUUUCAAAGUAACUGCAAAACAAGUCAAGCUGUCUAGAAAGACUAUGUCAAACUCUGACCAGAUAUAAUUUCUUGUCUUUUCAAAUUACCAACUUGGCAAUGGUUUUAUCAUAACAUAGGAUAUUGGUUUGAACAUGUCAGUGUUUUUGUAUGUGGAAUGAAAUAUCAUAAGUGGCACUAAAUUGAACAUAAUUUAUAGUUCUCAUUGAUAUUACACAUAGCCCCAAGUACAUGUUGAUCUAAGAUUUAAGGCUUGGAUGGAGUCAGGGCAAGAAAAAUGCAUGUUAAUACAUUGUACUUUCCAACACAAGAACUGUUUGUUUAUUCAAGUAAAUAAAGCAAUCCCAACACCAAGGAACUGCAGUAUUGCAUAACCAGCUUCAUUGACAUUAUGAGUUGGUGUUCAAAUUGCUGCAAUUAAAGGCACAUCUAGUUUUCAGAAUUAUUCAAACUCUGAUUUAGCAACCUUAAUUUAGUUAUAUGAACUACUUAUGCGAAAUGAAAGCUUUUUUAGAUUUACAAGGACGGGUGAAAAGUAUUUGCCAAAUGUACUGCAACACCUGAUACCUGUUGCCUAGGAAUCCAACAAAUUCUUGGCACUCCAAAUGUUACAGUACUAUUCAAUUUGGAGUGCCUGAAAAGAAAGCUUCUUGAUUCUACAUUCAACAUCUUCUUUCUGUAUGACAUAUUGGACCAGAAGAAUCAUGAACCUACAACCUUUUGCAUCUAUUGAGAUAGGGAGCUAUCAGGACAGUGACAGAGGACAAUAUAAGAAUGGCCAACUGCUGCAUUUAUUGAGUUAUCUAAUGCAUACAAAUUAAGACGGAGAAAAUAAGUCUAAAUUUUUCCAAACUACUUCCUUAAGCAUCUUGUACAUAUAUGUAGUUGUCUUUUACAAUGAUUGUUCAAAGUUACAAUGACCCUGUGGGUUAAAGAUGCUCUGUCCACGGGGUAACAGGUUUUGUACAUAAUAGGGUUAUUAGUACUGCGUUUUGAUCCAGGAGGUUGUAUUCGACUCAUGUAGGUUUUUGCAGAUUCGGACACCACAAGGCACAAGCCGAGUAAAAUUAAAAUCUACAAAAAACUACCAGAAUCAAAUAUGACAUUCCGCCAUAUCCGGAUCAAAACGCAGUACUAAUAACCCUUUUAUUAUAUACAUUACUGUUUAGAUGACUUAGAAGCCACAUCUUUGCAUAAUAAAUUUCAUUUUAAGGAUAUACUCAUUGGUUUAAUGACGUCAAUUUAAUAUUGCACAACAUACUUGUUAUGACGUGACGUCACAAGAGUGGUAUAUGGCCGUAUUGCACUGGAGCGGAAUAUGGGUUAAAGUAUUUUGUGAUAUGUAUUGCAUGUGGAUUGAUGAUGGGUAUAAAAUAAAGAAUACAAUUAUGUUUGGUAUUCCAUUCUCACUAGCAGUGUGAUGAACUGCUGACACCAUGUUAUGCAAUUUGAUGGUCAAAGUAUUUAAAAGAUAUUUCAAUAUUUCAUACUUUAAAAACGAUAUUCAUCUCAUCUUAGUCUACUCAACUUGCUUUGCUAUGUACAAAUGUCUGCAGCAGUUAUAUGAAUAGCAUUAGACAGAAGGCAGUGCCUAAUAUUUAUCAACAGAACUAAGUUAUUAUGGUAACAUGUUAUAUGAAUUGAAUACCGAGCACAAACUAAGAGGGAGAAAAUAAUUCUUCACUUUUUAAAUAAAAACUACUUCCUAAUAGCAUUGUGUAUGCAGUCUGACAUAGGUGUACAAUGUAGAUGUCUUUUACAAAGAUUGUUCAAAGUAUGGCCCUGUGGUUUAAAGCUCCCCUGAAAAAGAGGUAACAGGUUUUCUAUAUAGUAUAUAAUUACAUCAUUGAAAAUCUUCUCUGAAACUGCAAAUAACAGUCCUUCGAUAUAAAAGGUAUUGAUCAAAUUAAAGAAGUAUGUGUGCCAACCACGUAAAUUAAUUUGUACAAGUCUGAUUUAACGACUUUGAGAAAUUCAAAAGAACUAUGACUUUAUCUGAUUUAACGCUUUAGCCCCCCCCCCCACCCCCCUCACUCUACACACACUUAACUAGAUUUUUCAAAUUUUCUUUGCAGCUUGCAAGCAGUUUUAGUCUAAAGUUUAAGCUAGCCCAUUAAACAGUGACCCCUUGUGAUGUGAGCCGAUUUUUUCAAUGCUUAGAACAUGGUUGUCAACAUUCCCCUGAAUGACGCCCUAGUCCAUCAGUGCUUUCAUCACUUUGAUUGCAUUAGGUGCCAUGAAUUGUAUUCAUCCGUCUGCAUGUAGAGUUGGGAUCUCUAAGCAUAGAAGUACUCGGGGUUUACCUAUUGGUUUAUUAUUAUUUGUUUUAUUAUUAAGUUUCCUCAAGUUAAUGCAUACUGAUAAUAUUUACCUUUUGCGUUUUAUCUUUAUUUAGGAUUGUUGGAAUAAGUGUGAGGUUUGUGGACAUAAACUGGUUUAAACCCCCAAUAAAUUUAUAUUUUACUGACCGUUCCAAUGCGGUUCCUAACAAACCUUGAUAAACAUACCUAGAUUUUAGCUCACCUGUGCACAAAGUGCUCAAGGUGAGCUAUUGUGAUCGCCCUGUGUCCGUCGUCCGUCGUCGUCGUCGUCCGCCGUUAACAAUUUGACUGUUAACACUCUUAGAGGUCACAAUUUUUUGCACAAUCUUAAUGAAACUUAGUCAGAAUGUUACCCUUAAUAAGAUAUUGGACGAGGUCGUUAUUGAGGCAUCUGGGGUUAAAAACUAGGUCACCAGAUCAAAUUAAAGGAAACGCUUGUUAACAGUAUAGAGGUCUCAUUUAUGACUGUAUCUCCAUGAAACAUUGCCAGAAUUUAAAUAUUAAUGAUCUCUAGGUCAGGUAUGAAUAUGGGUCAUUGACGAUCAAAAACUAGGUCACCAGGUUAAAUUUAAGGAAAAGCUUUUUAACACUCUAGAGGACACACUUAUAACUAUAUUUUCAUGAAAAUUAGUCCGAAUAUUUAUAUUAUUAAUUUUUUAGUAAAGUUUAAAUCUGGGUCAUGUGCGGUCAAACACAAGGUCAUUAGGUCAAAUCAUAUGAAAUGCUUGUUAGUACACUAGAGGUCACAUUUAUAAAUGUAUGAUCAUGAAUUUUAGUCAGAAUGUUUAUAUUGAUUAACUCUAGGCCAAGUUUGAAUUUUGGUUAUGUGCAGUCAAAAACUAGGUCACAAGGUCAAAUAAUAGGAAAAGCAUGUUAACACAUAUACUUUUUAAUUCUAGCAGGUAUUAAUGUUUUGAUUCCAUACCUCAUGAUUAUAUGCAGAUUUAUUGAAAAUAUACUCUGUAAUUUAAUAAAAAAGUCCUUACAUGAUGUAGUCAAAAGUAUGUAUAAUAAGUUUCAAUGUUUCGUGUACUUUCAUGUGAUUUAAUCACGCUGUUAAAAUACAUUCUGAAUUUAUUGAAACAAUUUUUAUGUUUUACUCCGACCAUAACAAGAACAGAAAAUAAAAAUGUACAAACAAAGACAAGUAUACAUCCUUUCUAAGGUAGCAGACCACCAGACUGACAUUUCAAAUUCUCUAAAACUGUAAUACCCUCAACUUAAAUAUUUAACAUGUAGCAUUGAAAACUAGUCCUAAAUUUGUUUUAAUUAAGUCUCCUCUCUGACAAACACGUAUUCCCUCCCCCUGGCACAAUUGGCCUCGCCCUGAAAACACUUAUUUCACAUUUGAAAUGGAUCAGGUGAGCGAUACAGGGCCUUCAGGACCCUCUUGUUUAUAUAAAGUAUGUAUGCACUGUGCUGCUUGUGGAGUUUUUUGCUGUUCUUCCAUUUUUUUUGUGAUUUUAUAUUCUAUGUCUCUGGCGUUUAGCCAGUGCCAUUUAACCGGGGUUAUGUAAACUAUUUGCAAUAGAAACACCUUUAUAAUAAAAUGUUUAACCGAAAAAUAACGUUUUGAUAAACGAUGAAAGUGGGAAUUACCCAGAUAGCAUAUAAAAAGGUUUGCUUGAAGUAUCUAAGAAUAAUACCAUGGUUAUUUUUUUUUAAAUUUAUGCAUUCAACCGGUUUUUCAUAAUCAAGUUUUACUAAAGCGUAAAAAACAUCUAAAUUUCACGAGGAAUAAUAUUGUUAAUUUGGUUUCGUGUUGGAUUCACCAAACUCCAAUAUAAUUAUAAUGAUGAACAAAAUAAUAAAGAAUUAUAAAGAGUGUUCUACUAUGUUGUAUAUAGCGCGUAAAAAGACAUGAUUUACUUCGUUAGUUUAAUACUAUUUGUUUUACUUCUUACAAGUGGUCUUUCCUCGAGAAUAUUGUAAGCAAAGAUAACAAGUGAAAAACAAUGUCACACAUCAUAACUUAUAAAUAUAUUUUACAUUUAGUAUUUACUUUUUUAGAAUUCUUUAUCGCUGUUAUCAUUACAAUAUAUUUGAUAUGAAGGUAUUUUAAUUUAUGUUUAUUGAGUUUGAUAUUAAAGAGAAGCUCUACCUGGAAAUGACAUUCAUUGCAUUUAAUCAAUUUUUGCCUAUGAAUACAAACACAAAAUUGAUAUUUGAUUAACUUUCAAGGCCUAAUGUGUGAUUAGGACACACCAAAUUGAUCUUUAGUUCCUCGGAUUUUUGCCAAAAAAAAAAUGGAGCGAGCGAGCGAAAUAAAAAUAAAAAUAAAAUUAUUUUUUUAUCAUUUUUCAUAAAAUAUGAAGCGAGCGCAAGCGAAAAACAUAUUAAAAAUGGACAAAUUACACUUCAACCUAUAUUUAAACUCAAAAUAUCUGGUUCACAGGUAAAAAAAUUGGAGCGAUUGCAUGAAAAAAAUAAAAAUAUUUUUUUUACAUUUUCAAAAAAACAGGUGCGGCGAAUCUGAGGAACGAAAGAUCAAUUUGGUGUGGCCUUAGUUAUCGAAACAACGUUGUGUUGGCAAAACCUGACAUCAAAACAUUGAACAAGGUUGUUAUUGUUCAACUGACAUGGACACUUCGAACAAGGUUGUCAUUGUUGGACUAAACGCGACAACUCGAUCACAGUUUUGACUGACAUCGACAAUAUAUAAAAACGUUGUCAUUGCUUAACUAUACUGAGAUUUUUUCAGAUUGAUUACGAAGAAAACACUGAGGAAAUACCGUUCGAGUUCGACGACUUAAGCAACACACAAAAUCAGGCAAUAGCUGAUAUUGGUCGUUUUGUACAAAAUGCGCUCAAAGAAAACAUAGUCGAGGUGUUAUUUCUUAUACAAGUUUUUGAAAGCUAGAUUGCACUAAUUACAAACAAGUUUUAAAGACUUUGAUGGAUUGGUAAGGUGACCCUGAAUACACGGAAUUAGGAAUGCAUUCAUUCCGUAGUUCAUUUUUCUUAACAACUACUUGUCGAACAUGGCACGAGCUUGAUGUUUUAUAUGUACAGGUCACAAGCAAAGUCAUUGUAGAAGAGAUGGAACUACCAAAAGUUUCGGAGAUCCUUUCAUAUGUAAGGAAAUGUGUUACGUUUUGCUGGUCUGCUCGCCUGCAUGACCCGCCCGUGUAUAUUGAUUUCAUGGAGGUAACGGAAGAUACGCUUUUGGACUUGAACGUAUACAAGCCCUACACAAAGACGGGCAAGCUUGUCGACUAUGUCGUCUGGCCUCCGAUUUAUCUACACAAUGGUGGACCUAUGCUUUCCAAAGGUGUUGCACAAGGGAAGACGAAGAAUUGAAUGGACGUUCAUACAUUGGUGUCUAUAUAUAAGUUAGAAAUCAUUUUACAAAUAAUUAGUACAUGUUUCAAAAAGAACCUAUUCUCGAACUAUAACAAUACGUCAAAUAAGUUGAUGCAAAUCAAGUGUUCUAUCUAAGGCAUUUAAAUAACAUAAUACAUAAUAUGUAUUUCUAAGCUAUACCUAUAUUACUUCUAUCAAGCAAAAACAUAUUGAAUCUUGCUGUCAAUUGUAUUGCGUCACAUGUUUGGUUUUUAUCAAGUGUUUAUCAAAGUGUCUAUGUCCAUAUGUAAAAAAAGGUUUUUACGAUGUCAUAAAUCGUUAUUACUUGUACUGUAUCUACAAUUUACGUUUUUCUGGAAAUGUAAACGUAAUGCUACACAACUGUUACAAUGCCUUAUUUCGUUAUAAUGGAGUAUAUCUGUGAAUAACUGUUUGUGUGAUAUGUAUGUUCGUUUGUUUCACUUUGACUAGUUUACAAAAUGUCGUUUCUUAGUGACAGCCAUGUCUUAAUCUGUAGUUUAAUUCCUCUAUAAAGUGGAUGUUUUCGAGUUAUUAAAAUAAUUUUCUUUGACUCAUAAGCUGCUAUUUACUCAGAACGGCUGUUUCAGUUUUAUAGAAUUAAGUUAUGCCCGUUAUGAUAAUAUGUAAUAGAAUAAUUUGAAUAAUAUAACUACAAAUUACCAUAAACUGUUAUUGAUUGGUGGAUAACUGGUAAUUGCGAAUAAUAAAAGAGUGUAUAAACAGAUAUGUUGCCUACA